AUGGCGUCGAAGAAGACAGCUAGUGGAGAUGAUGACAACUCAAAUCAGCUCGAGAAAGUAAAGGUUAGGUUUCCGCCUUUGUGUGAUAGAUUAGCAAUGGAAGAGAUCGAAAGAGUCGUCGGUAAACAAAGACUUGUUCAAGAAUCCGACAUACCAAAGCUUAACUAUCUCAAAGCUAUUAUCCGAGAAGCUUUCCGUCUUCAUCCCGUCGCCGCCUUUAAUCUCCCACACGUUGCACUCUCCGAUACAACCGUCGCAGGUUACCAUAUCCCUAAAGGAAGUCAAGUUUUACUUAGCCGUUACGGUCUUGGUCGUAACCCUAAGGUUUGGUCUGAUCCUCUUAGCUUUAAACCGGAGAGACAUCUCAACGAGUGUUUGGAAGUGACUUUAACCGAGAACGAUCUCCGGUUUAUCUCGUUUAGUACCGGGAAAAGAGGAUGUGCUGCUCCGGCGUUAGGGACGGCGAUAACCGUCAUGAUGCUAGCUAGGCUUUUGCAAGGGUUUGACUGGAAACUAGCUGGAGGUCAGACACGUGUUGAGUUGAUGGAAUCGAGUCAUGAUAUGUUUCUUGCAAAGCCUUUAGUUGUGGUCGGAGAAUUGAGAUUGUCGGAGGAUCUUUACCCGAGGGUAAAUUGA